GCAGCUGUCCCCUCGCUUGACUAACCUCGAGUGGGCUGGUUUUAAAAUCAAAAACAAGUAUCCUAGCUACUUAGAGACAGGGCGAGUCGACAGCAAUGCGUGUUUAAAGGCAAAAAUUCAAAUGAUUCAAGUCUAGAUGGCAUGCUGAUGCGUCACACUAACUGAUGCAAACACUUCGUGAAGUAAAUACUGGCCGCUAGGUUAGCUAGCCUAGCUAGAGCGAUUUACUGUUUUCGUGUUAGAUUUGUAAUUUUAGACGAUGUAUAUGGGUAUUUCUGCGAGGUAUAACACGAUCUGCCAGUUACACGAACCUGGCGGCACCACCACAAAAAAAGAUUAUAUUUCGUGGCGAUACGGCCUAAAUGUUUCCCAAAGUUUAUACAGCUAGCGUUACCACAUCUAGCUUAGCUAGGCCUGGUAACGCUGCUAGCUAGGUUAGCAACCUUAGUUGUUAGCUAACGCUAGCUGCUUUCAACAUUUAUUUUCCUCGUUUCCUAAGCAGCUAACGAGCAUUUAAUUUUAUUAGUACCUCAAGCAUAUUUUAAAGUGCCAAGAUGUAUACAAUUUUGAAUGAAUAAUUUGAAUAACAUUAAAUUUUCUGCUAUCUUAGUUAAUAGUAACUCGCUGAGACGUAUGUGCAUGUUGCAAAAUGUCUACAUAUGACUAUUUUUAAAGAUUAAGACAGAAAACAAAACCCCUGCCUGCCUGUAACGCUGUACAGCUGAAUGGUAGUGGGUGUGUGGUAAACCUGAUUACUCAUCACCACUCAAAUGGCGGCAGUAUACCAUGGUGUAAACUUUAUAUCGAUUACCGUGUAAAAAACCAAACAGAAUUUUAACACGCUGCUCUCCAUCUACACGUGUAUAUUAUGAAAUCGCUCUAAAACGAGAUUUAAAAAACACAUGCUAUUGGUGUGUUUUUACGCUAUAACUGACAUGUUUACCAACUCUGUCAGGACCAAAUACGCAAUGUGGCCAAAGGUGAUUUACUGCCCAUAUAAUGCUUCAGUGUUGGCUGUGGCUACAGUGAACAUGAUGGCAGGCCAGCCUGUGUCAGUAAACAAGUACCAGGAGGGAAUGCAACAGAUGCAGGCAGUGGAGCAGGGAGAUGGUGACCCAGAGCAGAGCUUUGCUGACACAGGCCCAGGGGUAACCUGCAGUCCCACUCUCACUGAACCUCAGACUCCAAUGGAUGCAGACAAAGCAUCCAUAUACAGGCAUCCACUCUUUCCGCUCCUAGCCCUGCUGUUUGAGAAGUGUGAGCAGUCUACUCAGAGCUCAGAAUGUGUUACAUCAGCAAGCUUUGAUGUUGAUAUUGAGAAUUUUGUACGCAGCCAGGAGAAAGAUGGCAAGGCUUUCUUCAGUGAGGACCCUGAGCUGGACAAUCUAAUGGUGAAGGCCAUUCAGGUGUUGCGGAUUCACUUGCUUGAGCUGGAGAAGGUCAGUGACCUAUGUAAGGAUUUCUGCAGCCGCUACAUUGCCUGCCUCAAGACCAAGAUGAACAGCGAGACUCUACUGAGUGGAGAACCAGGCAGCCCGUAUUCUCCUGUACAGACACAGGCCUCUAGCUCUUUCUCUGGGGCACUCAGCCCCCAGGGCGUUGUCGUCCCUGCAUCAGCUCUGCAACAAGGCAAUGUUACCGUGACAACAGUUAAUCCCCCACAGAUGGUGGCAGGUGGUACAGUUUAUCAGCCAGUCACCGUAGUAACGCCACAAGGCCAUGUGGUUACCCAGGCUAUCUCACCAGGCAGCAUACGCAUUCAGAACCCCCAGCUACAACUGCAACUGAAUCAGGAUUUGAGCUUCCUUAGUGCUGAUGACAGCUCAUCUAAAAAUAAGCGUGGUGUUCUUCCAAAACAAGCCACCAGCAUCAUGCGUACGUGGCUCUUUCAACACAUUGGGCACCCUUAUCCUACUGAAGAUGAGAAGAAACAGAUUGCUUCUCAAACCAAUUUGACUUUGCUCCAGGUCAAUAACUGGUUCAUUAAUGCACGGAGGCGGAUCCUGCAACCCAUGUUAGAUGCCAGCUCCACAGAGACACCCAAAACCAAGAAAAAGACUCCACAAAACCGCCCCUUGCAGCGCUUCUGGCCUGACUCGAUUGCCUCCUCUGGACCCCAACAGCAGCUCACCAUGGCUGAUGGUACCGUGGUUGCUGUUGGGAUGACUGUAGAUGGCUUCCAGGCUCUCUCAUCGGAUGGAGCGACGCUCGCAAUGCAGCAGGUCAUGAUGGGUAAUCACAGUGAAGAGGAAACAGAUGACAGCGGAGAUGAAGAUGACCUGUCUGCAGCCAGCAUGACCAGGCUGGGCCUGGAUGCCAGUGACUGAAACACACACACACACACACACACACACACACACACACACACACACAGAGAGAGAGACACACACACAAUGGAAUAAAAACUUUUACACAAAGAUUUACACACUUGUUCAAGCCAUUACGUUAACCAGUUUACAUGGUGAGUUUAGCAAUGCUCAUGCACUACAGACAGAAAAAAUACUAAAAAGGGGAUUUUAGAAACAAAUCUAGAGUUUUGUAGUACUGUAUAUAGGCAUUUACAUUUAUUACAUUUAUCUCACACAAGUACACACACAGUUUACAGAGCACAACCUUCUGGAGAGGCGUAUUGAGUGAGAAGAGUCUGCUUUUAUUGCAUAGAGAUAUAGGCGAGUCGACUUUUUUGUAAAACAAACUCCAGAAUAGAAGGCCAGAAAAAAAAAAAGCAAGUGUCUGAGUAAUGCUGAUGUUUGGAAAUCCUUGUUAUGUAGCGUUUGGUAAUGAUUUAUCUUUUCUAUCAUAAUCUACCUGGACACCAACAUCUUGAGAGUUUUUGCUUGUGAUGGUUUUAAACUGCAUGCUAGUGUUUCUCCUCUGUAUUCACUCCCUCCUAACCACAUCAUGCCUCGCGUGGAGGCCGCGGGCGGGAAAAAAAAGAUGCUUAUUUUUAUAUAAUGAAAAACGUAUUUGCUUUCUUUUUUAUUAGUUUGUUUUUGUUGUGUUUUAUAAUGAAUAUUUAUGUAAAAACAAAACUUGCAAGCUAGCUGCCCAGUUUUCAGGGCUUAAUAACAUUUUCUAAGAAAAAGGGAAAAAAAAGUCCAGAUUUAUCGUUUUUAAAAUACACAAAUUGGUUUUAACACAAGCUGCAAAAAAUGCCUUAUGUUGUUUCUCUUUUCUAAAAUGAACUAGCUGGUCAGCACAGGAAGCCUAACCCACGGACCCAUUUGAACAGCAGCACGGCAGAGCCGUUGAGUCAGUCAAGUCCUCUACCUGUUUGGCAGGUGGGAGCUGUGCUGAUGGGAAGGUGCUCUUCCACUGUAUUUGCCUUAUGCUGCCUAGUGUAGCCAAAGCCUGCCAGUACUGAACCCUGCACAGACUCCUGGCUAAGCAGUCAAAUUUAGUGACCUAAAAUUAGUGUCAUGCCUCAAGCUCCCUCCUGACAUUAUGGGCCAGUUUCCCAGAUAGGGAUUAAGCCUAGCCUUGAACUAAACUGUAGUGCCAAUGUUGAAGCACCACUGGCACUUCUUUGUACUCCAAGAUUCUGCUUAAUAUGGGUGUGGGAAAAUUGGCCAAUGGGGUUACUGACUGACUUAAAAUGCACCCAAGGCUCUAGGUGCCCUUAUGAAAUGUUUUUCAUAAAAAUGUAUUUUGAACAUGAAAAAGACAUCAAAUGUCACAAAAUGUUAAUUUUAAA